GUUUUCCUCCGAAACGUCCCCGCACCGUCAGUGCUUAGUAUCAGCGCAAGUCUAGUCGACCAUCAGUCGAACAUCAGAAUCGUUACCCCCUGUUUCAAGAAAUAUUCAUUUGAGAAUUAAUACUUGAAAACUCUCGCGAUCGCUCAACGGUCAUCUCACCAUGGAUCUUCCCCCACUCACACAAGAGCAACUGACCGCCGUCGUUGCCUCUGCUAAAUCGCCGAUGGAGCUCUACGAAACACUAUCAAACUAUGAAAGCGAAGCUUGUCUGCUCUCCAUGAAAAAGGGCAACCACACGGAGCUACUCAGUCUUUACUAUUCUACAUUCUUCUUCUCCAACCUUCUCGUAGACAAAAUUCCCGAAGCUCGUUUAUCGACACAACGCGUGCCACAAGAAUUACUACAAAAUGACUCGUCACUACAGAACUGCUUGACACUUCUCCGGGCGGUCUGGCAACGGAAAUAUGAACAAGUUUAUAAGAUUCUGCGAGAACUGCCAUGGCCAGAAGCACUCCGACCCAUAGUUCAGAGUUAUGAAUCCCAUUUCCAGGAAAAGACGUUAAAGGAAGUCAGCAGAGCCUAUGAGGCGAUAAGGCCAGCAGCCGCUGCAACCUAUCUCGGUCUGGAUGCUGCCGCCGCACAACAGGGUGACCCGGCCAUCAUGCAGAAGUUCAUAGCGUAUGGAUGGACAUGGGAUCAGAAUAAAGGGCUGUUGCACCCAAAACCGAUUGUCGACGAAGUCCUUCAGAAGGAUGUUCGGUUGUAUAAUGAACUGAGUCAGGUCAUGGCCUUGAUCGGAAAUCGCCGGAGUUAAGAGUAUCUAGGAGUCUGCAAAAACAGGGGCUACCUUGCGAACUCGAUUAUCCUACAGUAAUAGGCGGGACAUGACGGAGAGAUUGGAUGACUACAUAUCUAGAGCGCAACAUCCCGGGUCCGCACGUAACGACUUGACGGCGUCACGGAGCAUAUCAUAGAACAGCCCCAUAACAAUGGGCAUAAUAUUGCGCAAGCGCACUCAGUACGAGAAGAAGAUCAGUAAU